CUCCAAAACAAAAAUGGCAUCCCGUCAGUUCACCAAGGCUCUCCGGAGCAACGUGGCUCGCCAAUUGGCUGCCCCUACUAUCCAGCGCCGUACUUUCACUGCUGCUCUCGGUGGCAUUCGUGCUGGUGUGGUGCCUGCUGCCCGUGCCGCUGUUGCUGGCCCUGCCCAGCAGAUCCGUGGAGUCAAGACCAUUGACUUUGCCGGCACCAAGGAGCAGGUCUAUGAGCGUGAGGACUGGCCUCGUGAGAAGCUUCUUGAAUACUUCAAGAACGACACCCUCGCCCUCAUUGGCUACGGUUCUCAGGGCCACGGUCAGGGUCUCAACCUCCGUGACAAUGGCUUGAACGUCAUUGUCGGUGUCCGAAAGGACGGUGCUUCCUGGAAGGAGGCUGUCCAGGACGGCUGGAUCCCUGGAACCAACCUCUUCGAUGUCAACGAGGCCAUCUCCAAGGGUACCAUCAUCAUGAACCUUCUCUCUGAUGCUGCCCAGAGUGAGACCUGGCCCGCCAUUAAGCCUCAGCUCACCAAGGGAAAGACCCUCUACUUCUCCCACGGUUUCUCCCCUGUCUUCAAGGAUCUCACCAAGGUCGAUGUCCCCAGCGACGUUGACGUGAUCCUCGUUGCCCCCAAGGGCUCUGGCCGUACCGUCCGGAGCCUUUUCCGUGAGGGCCGUGGUAUCAACUCCUCCAUUGCCGUCUACCAGGACGUGACCGGCAAGGCUGAGGAGAAGGCCAUUGCCAUGGGUGUUGCCGUCGGCAGUGGUUACCUCUACAAGACCACCUUUGAGAAGGAGGUCUACUCUGACCUCUACGGUGAGCGUGGCUGCUUGAUGGGCGGUAUCCACGGUAUGUUCCUCGCUCAGUACGAGGUUCUCCGUGAGCGUGGCCACAGCCCCAGUGAGGCCUUCAACGAGACCGUUGAGGAGGCUACUCAGAGCUUGUACCCCCUCAUUGGCUCCCACGGUAUGGACUGGAUGUACGCUGCCUGCUCCACCACCGCCCGCCGCGGUGCUAUUGACUGGAGCAGCCGCUUCAAGGACACCUUGAAGCCCGUCUUCAACGACCUCUACGACGCCGUCAAGGAUGGUCGUGAGACCCAGCGUUCGCUCGACUACAACUCGCAGCCUGACUACCGUGAGAAGUACGAGAAGGAGAUGCAGGAGAUCCGGGAUCUUGAGAUCUGGCGCGCCGGCAAGGCCGUCCGUGGUCUCCGUCCCGAGAACCAAAAGUAAAUGGGGCAUAAUGGACUAGCUAUUGGUUGUGGGUUGAGAUUGCACGCAACGGCGCUCCUGUAAAUUAGCCUUGUUUUUGUUUUUGGAAUGGAUUGGUCUUUUCUUUUUGUCUCUUUCAAAGUAAUUCAUCCCGAGAAAAAUCAAUUGGGGAAUUUAUACACACUGCAUGACCCUGGAUGUUUGGUGUGAUAUCCUACUUAUGUGAGC